UUGAAGCGGCAUGAAUCAAGAUGGCGGCCUUCACAGGAGCCGCUUCUUGCCUGGUUUUGCGAGGUUGCCAUGAACAGUGGCUGCUUCUUGGGUGGGGGCGUCGGCUGUGCAGUGGAGGGAGGCGCGCGGCAGCCAAUGCGAGGACUCACUUUGGGUUUCAAACUGUGUCUGAGGAAGAGAAGGGAAAGAAGGUUCACCAAGUCUUUGAAAAUGUGGCAGAGAAGUAUGAUAUAAUGAAUGAUUCAAUGAGUCUGGGGAUCCAUCGAAUCUGGAAAGACAUCUUCGUGCACCAGAUGAACCCAUAUCCAGGAACCCAGUUGCUUGAUGUUGCUGGAGGGACAGGUGACAUCGCCUUUCGAUUUAUCAAUUAUGUUCGUUCCCAGCGGGAGCAUCAGGUUCGACAGAAGCUGAGGACACACCAGAAUUUAUCAUGGCAGGAAAUUACCAAACUUUACCAGGAAGAGGAACAUAAAUCAUUGGGGGACUCCCAUGUGGUGGUCUGUGACAUUAGCAAGGAGAUGCUGAAGGCUGGAAAGCAGAAGUCACGACGUCUUGGCUAUUCUGAAGGAUUGUCAUGGGUGCUUGGGAAUGCAGAAGAACUUCCCUUCAACAAUGACAGAUUUGAUAUUUACACAAAUGUCUUUGGCAUUCGGAAUGUCACUCGUAUUGACCAGGCACUACAGGAGGCCUAUCGUGUCUUGAAACCAGGAGGGCGAUUUAUGUGUCUGGAAUUUAGUCAUGUCAACAAUUCCUUAGUUUCAAGUCUCUAUGAUCUGUAUAGUUUCCAAGUUAUCCCUGUGUUGGGUGAGGUGAUUGCUGGUGACUGGAAAUCCUACCAGUACCUUGUGGAAAGCAUCAGGUGUUUUCUGAACCAGGAAGAACUGAAGGAGCUGAUGGAAGAUGUGGGCUUCCUGAAGGUGGAAUAUCGUAACUUGAAUUCAGGCAUUGUGGCCAUUCACUCUGGCUUCAAGCUGUGACUUUCAGGGAAAACAUUUCCUGAUAGAAAAUACAGAUCUUAUGAAAACUGAAUCAUGAUAGAUUAAUUAAUCUAUCACAAGAAUCAAUAUUUAAAGUCCUGGAGUGGAGGCUUUAGGGGUGCAUUUUUUAAAGGAAAAAGUAUAUUGUAUGUAUUUGGAGCAUCUCUUUAUCCUGUCAAGUAAUAAUACAAAGGCUUGCAUUACUCACCUGAACCAGAGGCUUAAGUUUUUUAAUAUCUGAUUUUUUACUCAUUGGCAGUACAAAAAAAUCCAGAGCUCGUUUGUCUGCUCUUUGGUUAUGUAAGCUGCCCUUAGUGUAUUGACAGGUGGAAAAUGAGAUAAAAUUGGUGUCCAAAUGAAAGGUGUGGUUUUCCUGAACCUAAAUAGCUCUGGGGUACUGUCUUGACCAAAGGUCCCUCGCCUGACUAUAAAGUUGUGGGAGAAAUAGGCACAUAUCCCUGUGUACUGCUACUCCACAGUAUAUUGCUCUAUAAUGCUGGAGAUGUAAGUUUCCAAAAGAUAAAUGUAGAGUGGGUGUUCUAGGUAUUUCAUAGGAAUACAGAAAGCAGUGUAUUGGGUAGAUAAUUGCUCCUCAGAACUUCAGAAAAGCAAACAGGCAACGUUGACUGAACAUUGUUAGUGCAGAGCUUCACCUCUCUGCUCAGAAUGAUCAAAACUAGAAUUAUGCAAGUUGAGCUUUUUCUUGAUAUGCAGUUCCGGUGUCAUAAUGGAAUGGUUAUGGAUCCCUGGAGGGUAUACCCCCACCACACAUAAGAGGGCUUUUUUUAAUGCCUGUGAACUCUUCCAGAGGACAAGCAGUGAAAUAAAACUAAAACAUUUUAUAUCCAGAAA